GGCUGAGAUGCUGUGUGUGAAUGAGAAACAACACCAAGAUACCUGUGGAAAACUCUAGUGCUGCGGAGGUCAGCAUGCUGCUGGAUAUACUCCUCGUCCUUCAUCUCCAGGUGCUAGUCAUAGCAUCUUCAUCCUCCGCUGAGGAAGAUGAGAGCAGUGAGAGGGAUGCCCAACGCAGUAAAGGUUCUUCUCAUCAGCACCACUGGGGUUACCAUGAUCAGGACGCGUGGUUAUCUGUGUUUGAACACUGUAGUGGAAAAGCUCAGUCUCCAAUCAACAUAGACACUCAUAAGGUUUUCUAUGAGCCCAAUCUGCCUCCCAUUAAACUGGAGGGUUAUGAUCUCGCCGGCUCUCCCGCUCUUACCCUCACCAACAACGGACACACAUUGCAGCUGAGUCUGCAGAGCAGCAUGCGUAUCAUGAGGGGAUUCGAUCAUGUUUACGUCGCAGCCCAGCUUCACUUCCACUGGGGAACUACAGAGGUCCCUGGCUCAGAGCACACCAUAGAUCAUGUCCAUUUCCCUGCUGAGAUCCACGUGGUUCAUUAUAACUCCAGAUACGCAAAUCUCGCUGAGGCUGCUACUAAAGCGGAUGGGUUGGCAGUGUUAGGAGGAUUCAUAGGUAUUGGCCUUCAUGACAAUGACAACUAUGAGAAGAUCCUGUCUGCGUUAACAGACAUCAGCAUUGAGGAGUCAGACACUGAGAUUCCUGGUUUUAAUGUGCGCCAUCUACUGCCAGACAGCUUGGACAGGUUUUAUAGGUACAGCGGGUCCCUCACGACCCCUCCGUGCUUUCAGACGGUCAGCUGGACUUUGUUCAACGACUCAAUCAGAGUCUCAAGAAGACAGCUAGCAGCCUUGGAGGACACAUUGAAAACUGAACACAACAAGCUUUUGUCCAAAAACUUCAGAGCUCCACAACUUCUGCAUGGGAGAAACGUGCUGGCAUCUUUCCACACAGGAUUCACUGCAAGAAUAGCCAGUGAAGCUCCACCAUCUGAAACACAAGACAGCAAUAUAAUGGAAUCUAACGGACACAUUCUGGCGAUUAUCUUUGGGGUUCUGUUUGCCGUCACGUUGCUGGUCUUCUCCGUCUACACAUAUGGACAGAGGAAAAAGUACUCAAAGUUUAAAAAAGACUCCAAGCAAAAUGUUAUUUAUAAACCAGCUGCCGUUGAACAAGACAUAGAUCAAACCUCUGUUACUGUAUCAUAAACCACAUAUUUAUUCAGAAACUUGUUUUGUCUUGUUUGUCUUCAGUGUGAGAAUUUGGAAUAAAUUGUUUGCAAAUUAGUAGAAAUUGCUGCAUACACUUUUGGUCCACUUUUUUUUUUUUGCCCUGGUGUGUAUGUGUCUGGAGUUUUAAGUACAUACAUUUUUUUUUUUCAUUUUGCUGUUUUUUUUCCAUUGUAUUGAGGAAAUUAAUCAUAACAUAUUAUUCAUCCACCUACAAGAUGUAUAAUGGUUACAGUAUCUGAGCAGAACCUAGUUUACAUGUAGAUAGACUGUCAAACCACAGCCAUUCAUUUAUA